CUGACUUCCAGGAAAAAAAGCAUAGUUUUUCAUUGUUCUAUCUGUGAUCUAUUUGAUUUUUUUUCCCUAUCCAAAUAAUCAACUGGGUUUAGGGACGUGCAAGAAUUUUUGUUUCUGUCAAGAAGCUGUGAAGCUGCCAUGUCAGAAGCUGGAAUCCUUCUGCAGAGAUUCCUCCAGGGACAUCCCACAGUAUUUGGGGCACUCCUGUUGAUGAUUGGGCUCCUCCAAUCAGCUUUUGGAAUCAUCUUAUCUGUGUCCCCUUGUGCUUUUAGGGAUGAGCUGGGCACGCAUUUCAGUUCAGCUGCAGUGCUGAUUCUGGCAGGCAUCCUCACCCUUGCUGCAGACAAAACCAAAAGCCUAAAUUUGGUGAAAGCUUGCCUUGUCCUCUACAUUAUCUGCAGCGUGGUAGUGGCUGUGGUCAACAUUUUCUAUUUGAUUGAUUUAGUGUACAACCCCAUUCGAUGCAAUACUAGUGAUAAUUUUUGUCAACUACGGCAUCAGAUUGCGGCCUGUUGCACGGCCAUGCGUGGCAUUGUCCUAGUACUAACUUCCCUGGGAUUCUUUGUUUGCAUUUCCAUGGCAGCCUUUGGAUGCAAAGCAGUGUGUCGCCCAAACACAACCACAGAUUAGGAGACCAUUGUUGUUUCAAAGCAUUUUCCUAAUUCUACUAAAGUCAACAACGAACCUGAACAUGUUUUUUAUCCAAACUUCAAUGUCCAGAGCAGUGUUUCCCAAACUGUGAGGUGAGCCUCCCUUGGAGAGGUGCAGACAGAGUCUAGGGAAGAUGUGAAGAACCAUUUAGUUGAACAUUGUUGUAAUAAAUCCAUCUUUCCCAAA